UGUGUUGUUGCCUUGGGUCAACGUCCGUCUUAUUUACCCAUUGAAAUGAAAGGAGAGUGGGGUUUGUUUCUUUGGAUCGUGGUCCUCAAUCUUUAUAUCUCUGUAUCAGAUUCAUAGACUGGUCGGAAUUUCUCCCUGAAACAAGCCCUUGCGAACUUUCUCUUUGAUCCAUUCCAGGUUGCACGGACUGUCCCCUUCAGCUUUUGGCAUUUCAAUAGUUGCAUCUCAUUGCUACCCCCCUUUCGUCUCCUUUUCUCACUGCAGCUUUUGCAUAUUUGAUAUAGCAUAUCCUUCCUGUUAUUUUUGCUCAACAUACGCAGCGCAAUCAGUAUGCGAGGGUUUGGCCUUUUAACUCUGCUCCCAUUUGCCGCAGCCAAAACGGUGCUCCCCCGGCAGACGGCAUGCAACAACUCCCCGGACCUAUGCUCGAAAUCCUACGGUGAGAUCACUCAUCUCGGAGCACAUGACAGUCCUUUUAUACGAGACGCGUCGACCGGAUAUUCUACAUCUGGUAACCAAUAUUUCAACACUACCGUACAGCUCGAUGCCGGUGUACGCUUGGUCUCGGGCCAGGUCCAUAAAAAGGAUAGCGAAUGGCACCUAUGCCAUUCUAGUUGUGAGCUGCUCGACGCAGGAAAGUUGAGUGCGUGGUUGUCAGAAAUCAAGACUUGGUUGGAUUCCAACAAGAAUGACGUGGUAACGCUAUUGCUGGUCAACUCCGAUGACGCUUCUGCCUCCGAUCUUCAUUCGCAAUUCAAAGCUGCCGGCCUCGUCGAUUACGCGUAUACACCGAGCUCACAGACAUCCGCGCCGAGCUCCUGGCCAACGUUGCAAGAACUCAUCAACAAAGGAACUCGGUUAGUGACAUUCGUGUCCUCGUUGGAUGCGUCCAAGAACACUGUGGCCCCGUACCUCAUGGACGAGUUCACCUACAUCUGGGAGAACCCUUAUGACGUGACAACACCAUCGAACUUCUCCUGCAACCCCGAACGUCCGUCAAGCCUCAAGAAUGACCUUUCCGCCGCUCUCUCUUCGAAUCGGUUGCCGUUUAUGAACCACUUCCUCUACCAGACGGUUCUCAGCCUGGAAUAUCCCAACUCCAGUUACGUCUCAACCACCAACGCGCCGUCCGGUGGAACCGGCAACCUGGGCGAUGCCGCAUCCAAGUGCAAGCAAGCCUACAGUCGGCAACCGACUUUCAUCUUGGUUGAUUUCUUCGAUAAGGGCCCCGCCAUCAAGACCGUCGAUAACCUGAACGGAGUCACGAAUGCCGUGGGCCGUACCAACACGACCGCCGCUAGCCAGACCAGCUCGGCCUCAACAUACUCCAACGUCUUCAAGGGGCUGGUCCAAUUGGUCCAACAAGCGCAACUGGGCUCCAGUCCCAGCAUGGGCGAAUGGGUCUGGGCGGGAGGCGACUGGGGAAGCCUGCUUGGCGGCGGCAUCACACUCUAAGCAAAAGCACCACUCCGGCCGCUGUAAUUUCGAGGCCGGGAUAUGUACAGAUUCGCCUCCUGUCGAUAUUUGUUGGAAAUCCACAUGGUAGCCCGGGGCACAGGGUUCGGCGUUUUGGGUGGCCAUGACUUUGAUUAUAAACGAUCUCUGUGUG